GUGAAAAUGGCGUACAAUGAUGAGGACUUGUGUACAAAUCACGCAGAUUUUGCUGUAAUAUGUUCAUUUAUCGACAAAUUUGGGGAGAAGUUAGGUUUAACUCUUCCCAACAUAGGCGAGCUUCAAACUUUAUUAGAAGACACAGAUAACGUCAGUCCUAUCUUGGGACAAACUGUAAGUCAGCUGUUACGACGUAUCAACAAAUCUGUAAAAACUGAUCGCUGGGAGCGAGGUUUGCAACGUUUUGCUCACUCCUACUCUCAUCAAGAUGGGUGGGAACUUGAACGGUUUGGCUUUAAAAAAGCCAAACUCGAGUGCAAGAUUCGUGUUCUUAAGAAUCUUAUGGAAGCUCAGUUUGAUAUGUACAAGAGUUUCAAAGAUAAAGUAAAUCUAAUAUCAGCAAAAGAGCUUCGCCUUCAGCCUUACGGCCGUGACAAGAAGGGAGUUUCGUACUGGUGCCAGUUAGAUGACUGCGCAAAUCUCCGUGUUUACUGUGAUGAUCAAGAUGAAGAAACUUGGACGCUUGUUGCAAGCUCAAGAGAUGAACUUGUGGCGCUCAUCGCAGAACUGGAUUCAGAGACUCCCCCAGGAGCCAGCAGAGAAAUGUCAGUUGAUGGAAGUCGUAGUGGAACAGCUACACCCAUGGGACUGAGUGAAGCACCCACGCCUGUAGACAGCAAGGCUGCCACUCCAGUUGCUAGUGGGCGAACUUCACCCAUCCUAGAUACGGGCCAGGACAAGGAAAAUGACCAGAUUGACAAACCCGAAGAGAAAAUCAAGCCGAAGGUUGUGGAAGUUGAGAAGAUUAAGGAGAAACUAGAGGGAGAGAAAACAAAGUUAGUGAGUGAAGAAGGUGGAGAACCACACAACAAAGUGGAGAAGGAGAUAAAGAAAGAAAUUGUGCCAGAGGGCAAAACGGAAACCAUCUGUGAGGAGAAGAAAGAAUCUGUGGAGGAGAAGGUGGAAGAAAAGGUUAAAAAGGAGGAAGAGAAGCAUGAUUUGAAAGGAGAAGGCAGAGAUGAAGCAAAAUUACAGAAAGGAAAAAUUGAACAGAAAACUGAAGAAAAGCCACAGGAGAAAGAAAGAAAGGAUUCAUCUGAAAGUAAAGUAAAAGAACCCUUACAGGAAGACCGAGAACAAGAGAGGUUGCAGAAAGAUAAAACUAAAGAAAAGGUAAUAGAAGUAGCUGAGAAGUCAAAAGAUUUGCCAAAGGAAGGAAGGGAAGUGAUAUUGAAGGAGAAUGUAAAGGAAGAAGACAGAAAGACAUCCUUGCAAGAGGAGAGGGCAAAGGAAAUCGUAAAAGAAGAGAAGACAAAGGAAAUUGUAAAAGAAGAGAAGACAAAGGAAAUCGUAAAAGAAGAAAAGACAAAGGAAACUUCACAAGAGGAAAAAAUGAAGGAAACAUUACAAGUGGAAAAGAAAAUAGAAACAUCAAAAGAAGAGAAAGCAGAUGAAACUUUACAGAGAGAGAAGCCAAAGGAGACAUUGAAAGUUGCGAAAACAGAUGAGAAAUUGUCUGAGGAAAAACCAGCAGACUUGGCAAUUUCAAAACUUGAUGCUGAAAAGGGAAAAGUUAACAUAAAAGAUGAAAAGGUUGUAGCUGUUGAAGAAAGUAAAUCAUCAGGAAAGCAAGUAAGCAAAGAAGAAAAUGUGACAGAGAAGGCUGAGAAGAACAUUAAAAAGGAAGGAGUUGAUGACAGGCUCUCAAAGCCGGAGGAGACUGAAACACAAAAGAAAGACAGUCUACCUCACACUCAGAAGGAAACAGUUCAUGUGGAAGCAAAACCUAUGGUGAAGUCAGGGGAGCAAGACAAGAAAACUGAAGGAGAACUGGUAAAGAAAACAGAAGGAGAACCAUUCAAGAAAACGGAAGGAGAACCAGUAAAGAAAACGGAAGGAGAACCAGUAAAGAAAACAGAAGAACCAGAAAAGAAAACUGAAAGAGAACAAGAAAAGAAAACUGAGAGAGAACAAGAAAAGAAAACUGAAGAACAAGACAAGAAAACUGAAAGAGUACAAGAAAAGAAAAUGGAAGAACAAGACAAGAAAACUGAAAGAGAACAAGAAAAGAAAACUGAAGGUGAACCAGGAAAGAAAACAGAAGAAAAGACACCUCCUCUGCCAAUGCCUGUUAAACCUGAAGUUAGUGUCUCCUCUCUUUGUGAAGAUAUAAAAGCAAAGAAAGACAAAUUGGAAAAAGAGAAAAAUCUGCAGGAGGAAGAGAGAGACAGAGGAAAGUUUGGGUUCAGUGAAAAGUUUGAGGUUAAGAAAAAAGAGAGUGUGUGGGACAAGUUGAACAAAAUGAAAGAAGUUAAGGAGGAAGCAAAGGAACUCCAUAAAAGAGGAGUAGAAACAUCCAAAAAGGAAGUGCCUGAGAGCAAAGAUCUGAUUGGAGGCUAUAAGCCCAGUGUGGCAAAACCUGGAUCUGACGUGCAAAAGGUAAUACCCGAGAAGGACAAGAGUUCAGAGGCCAUGAAAGAGGAGAAGGAAAGUUCUCAAAUGGCUAAACCGAACACAGACAAAUCCUCAAUCAAGGUUAGUGAAUCUUUACCAAAACUUGGAGAUAAGCCAGCAACUGCUUCAAGUGGUGAGAAAUUGACUGAAGGACUCAAAGGCACAAUGCAGGAGUCCCUGAAGCCAUCUAGUGUAAGUACCAUUGUCAGUCCUUCAACUGUGCUAUUAAACACUCCCUCCAGUACCUUACAAGCUGAUAAUACUAUUACUGCAUCCUUGAAAAAACCACUAGCUGUUUCUCCAACAAGAGAUGAAAGUACUCAUGAGCCUCCACAAAAGAAAUUAAAGGUGGAAGAUAUUAAACCUCUUGAAUCUCAGAAAAGUCCUCCCAUUGAGGAGCACAAAAACGUAACUCAGAUCUGUGAAUCAGUAGGUAAAGGGGGACAACUUUUAAGUAAGCCAGAUUCUGCACCCAGCAGUACACAGUCUGAGGUUAAGCUUAGUGUGAAAUCAGAAACAAGUGGAAGUAGCCAAGGUAAACAAAUACCUUUUGAUAAGGAUUCUGAUAAAAUAAAAAAUGCUACUGAGCCAUUAAAAAGUGAAAAUCUAGUUGUAGAUACAAAGAAAGUUCAUUCUGAUACAGACAAAAGUCUGUGCAAGCCAGUUCAAAAUAUUAAUUCUGAAAGUGCAAAAGUAGAUCAGGAAAAGGUAGAUACAAAUAUUCCAAGUGCAAGUAACACAUCACAUUUGAAAGAUGAAACUAAGAAAAGCAAUGAAGAAGGUACUAAAUGCAUACCAGUGUUGGAGGGAAGUAAAAGUGAAGGGAAGAAAGAUUUAGUUGCAGAAGAAAAAAUGGAAGUAGAGCCAUCCAGUUCAGACAAAGAAAGAAAGACCACCAAUGUAUCUCCUGAAACUGACACAGGUGCUUUACCAGCAAAGGAUGAAAAAAUGGAGGUGGAAUCAUCAAGUGAGCCCAAACCUUGUGAACCUCCAGACAAAACUGGAGUUCAUGAUGAAAAGAAAUCAACUCAUGAAGACUCAAAGAUGGAAGUUGAUGAGGCAGUCCCAAAGGAGCAGCCAUCAGAGAAAGACUCAGCUAGUGAUGCAAAAAUGGAUGUUGACAAGAAACCAAGCGAUUCAACAGAUAAAAACAGUGCAAAACCCAUAGGACCAGAACCUGAAGUAGGGGAAGCAAUCACAGAACCUGUCAUGUUGGUGAAGGGGGAUGGUGAAGGUGCUGCUUGUGAGGCAGGAAACCCACUGCUGGACAGUGAUAUUGAAUGUCACACAGACUCUUCAAAGCCUUGGUGGGAGUGUUUUAGUAGAAGUGAUAGUUCAGGUGAUAGUGUAGGGGAAGCUGUAACAGAAGAAAUUAUGUAUUUCUGGGGAGAGGGCAAUGGUGCUGAUUGUGAUGCUGGAAAUAAUGGUGAUGAAACCGAAACUAAUUCUGAUGCAAAGCAAGCUGACAGUGGGGGCAGUAGUGCAGCUGUUACAGCAGAAAGUCAAGGAAACCCAACACCAAGUGAAAUAAAACCACAAAAGGAGGUUGAUAGUUUAAGACCUGACAAUGAAGCAAAAGUAGUUGAUGGAGUUCCAGACAGUGAUGAAACAAAAGUGAAUGGAAUAAGAACUAUAGACUCAACAGAAAAAACAGAGAAAAGUUUAAGUAUGCCUGAAAAAACAGGGGAAUUGGUUGAGAAACAUAGUAGUGUUAAUGGUAAGAAAACGAAGGAGAACAGUGAUGAGUGCAAUGAUAGAGAUAAGAGUGAAGUGGAUGCAGUAAAUGAUAAAGAUAAAGAAGAAGUAGUAGAGGAAAAAACUAAAUCAGAAUCAAUUGAGAAUGAAGAUAAGCUUUUGACAAAUGACAAAGAUGAUGAAGAGAAAGAAAAUGCUGAGGAGACAAAUGACACAGAAAAUGUCAGCAUAGAAAAAAAGGAAGUAGCAAAGGAGGAGGAGGAUGAAUCGUCUAUAAAAGAGGAAGAGAAAAAGGACAGUGAAAGUGAAGACGAAGAUGAAGAAGAAGAAGAAGAAGAAUCCAAACCAGUUAAAAGAGGCCGCGGCCGGCCUUUCGGCACUCACAAAAAACGUCCGAAAGGCAGAGGAAGGCCAGUGAGGAAGGCAACUGACCCAGAAGCCCAAGGGAGUGAUGGUGAAAUUGAAGAAGAAAAGGAAGGGGAAGUAGACAAUGAUGGAGAUGAGGAAGAAGACAAAUCACCAAGCAAAAAGAGAAGACAACGAGGGAAAGGCAGCACCGCACGGCCAUUGCCUGAUGUUCCUAGACAGAGGUCAGCACGUAUUGCAAAGAUAAGAGAGAAAGAGGAAAUGGAGAGAAGAGAGCUGGAAGCUCAACGAAUGAAACAGCUGGCAGAAGAAAAUCGGCUGAAGGAGCUCAAGAGGAAAGCCAGAGAAGAGAGACGAUCACUAAGGGAGCUGAAGAAAGGAAGGCGGGAAAGGAAAGAGAAAAAGGAUAGAGAAAAAAAGAAAAAGAAAAAGAAAAAGCGGGGAAAGAAGAAAAGAGCUCAUCCAAAUGAUCCGUGGGAAAACUCCUCAACUUCAUCCAGUUCAAGUACUGAGGAAGAGGAAGAAUAUGACCUUGAAGAUGAAGAAGAUGAAAAUCUUGUGUUCAAGAGUGACCAUGAAUUUUCUCCAGAAUCAGAUGUUGAAGAGGCUGAUGCUCAGCCAAUUAAAAGAGCAAGAACAGCAAAGAAAGUCACAAGUGAAAGUGAAGUUGAGGACCAACCAGAGGAGGAAGAAGAGGAUGAAGAGGAAGAGGAGGAAGACCAAACCCAAUGUACAAAAUGUGGCCAUGAUGAUCAUCCCGAGACCAUCUUACUCUGUGACAAUUGUGACGCAGGCUGGCAUCUUUCCUGUCUCCGCCCACCUCUUCUUAGCGUUCCCGAAGGGGACUGGAUUUGCCCCUCUUGUGAACAUGUUCUGCUCGUCAGCAAGCUGAAAAACCUCCUAAAUGAAUUUGAUGAGUGCCAGAAACGGGCUCACAAUGAAGAAUUAAGAAGACAGAGACUUGCAUAUGUCAGUGUUUCAAUGUCUAACGUCCUGCCUGAGGAUAAGAAGAAAAAGAAGAAGCGGGCAGAGGACGGGGAAGAGGAUGACGAGGACGAUGAGUCCGGAAGCGAAUCGGAUUCAGAUGAAUCAGACAGUGAAAGUGAUGAUGACAGUAGUUCAUCUAGUGAGAGUUCAUCAGGAUCCUCAGCUCCUCUUUACACUUUAAGAGCCCGCAGUGCUCGAACCUUAAGGGAACAGGUUGAGGACUUUGAUGAAAUGAUAAAUGAAGCCAUCAGGGAUGAAAUGGAAGCAGCAGCAGGAGCAGGGAAUGCGGGCAGAGGGAAAGACAUCGACAACAUCAUCCAAGCAAACGAUGAAGAGAUGAUGGAAACAGAAGAAGCAGUCAUGGAUGAAGACGUGAAAGAUGAAGCAGAGUGGGAGGGUAGAGAAUGCGUGGAUGGCCAUGGGAAGGUGAAAGAGGGGGGAGAAGAUGAGGAAAACGAGAAUGAGGAAAGUAAGCAAGAUGAAGAGGAAGAUGGAGAAGAAGAUAGGCUGAAGGAAGAAGAAGAAGAGGAGGAUGAGGAGGAUGUUGCUCCUAAGAGAAAGAAGGCCAAACCACCACCAUCAUCAGAUCAUGAUGGUAGUGGCAAUGAUGAGGACUAUCAUGAGAGUGAUGAGCAAAAUGAAGAGGAUUCAGACUCAGACGACAUGAAAAAUGUAAGAAAACGAGGGAGGAAAAUGUCAAACUUAGUAGUAAAGAAGAAGCGACGGCUAACAGACUUAGAUGCUGUUGAUGAAGAUGAUGCCAGUGAUGAAGACUUCAUAAAUACAAGGUAAGAGGAGGAGGAGACCGAGGAGUCCGUGGAAUCAUCAUCAUCUUUGGCAACGGAGGUGGAGAGUGAUGACUCAGAUGUUGUUGGUUCAAAGAGAAGACGUAGCAGUAGAUGGGAGAACUUGCCACUGCGUCGUUCUGCUCGUAAUCGACGAGGUGGAGAUGAUUAUGAUAGUGAAAUGGAUGAAAGAGUUUCUAAAAAACAGAAGAACAAAAAGAAGAAGAGACGAAAACAGAGUUCCAGUGAAGAAGACGAGGACGAACUUAGUUCAGAUAGUGACAGAAGUUAUAGAAGGAGAAAGAAAGUAAGGAAGAGACCCCAGCCAAAAGUCAAAGGUCGCAGAGGUUCAAAUAAAGCCAGAGGUGGAAGGAAAAAUGCAAAGUCUAAACAGAAACAGAAAGCUAAAACCCCAACAGGAGAUGAUAAAGAAAAGAAACCAAGAAUAAAGUACUCAAAACCACCCAAGCCAAAAGACGAAGAUCAAGAAGAAGAAACUCUUGCUCAGCGAAGAGUGACAAGGGGACGACAAGUGAACUACUAUGAUGCUCUCCUGAUGUCAGACGAAACAGAAGAGGAAGAGCCCCAAAAGAAAUGGAGAGGGAAGGUGAUGAAAGGAGAACGUGUCCCAACAGAGAGCAGUGAAUACGAAGCUUCCGACGAUGAAAGAAUGAAACGCCGAGGAGUCAGUGGCGGUCUUGGUCGGGGCAAAGUCAUGAAGGGAGAGGAAGAGGAUGAGGAGAAUAAGUCAAAUAAAGGAAAAAAGAAAAGAGGUCGACCAAAGAAGGAUGAAUUAAUUGGAAAGCCUUCUCCGACUAGACCAUCCACGAUCCAACCAACACCAGUUACUACUGUAGCAUCAGCAACAUUGGUACCCUCUGCUCCAGCUGCUCCAGCUGCUCCAGCAGUUCCAUCUGCUCAAGCAGCUCCAUCUGUUCCAGCUGCCCCAGCUGUACCAUCUAUACCAUCUGUACCUGCUGCUGCCUCUCCUAUUCACCACACUCCAGAACCUGUGGCAUCUGGCACCCCACCUCCUACAAACCCAGCUACUUUACAAACUAACACAGCUUUGCCAACUACCAUAGCAGUUUCUGCAAACAUUGUUGCUGCAGCUAUGGGAAGCAAUGCAGCUCCAGUUAAUUUAGGAAAUAAUAGUCCUGGUCAUCAACAACCUUUAGGUAAAUGGUCUCCUCAUUUGUCUGGCGUCAGUGGUGCUCCGGGGACACCUCCUAGGUCAGGGAUGGGUCCCUCUCCUGGUGCAGGAACACCACCAACCCUCCCUGGUUUGUCUGGGGCUCCUGUUACAGCUUCACCGCCACCACCCUACAGAUCCUCACCUUUGCCAUUAACCCCUAGUGGACCAGGACUACCUCCUGGUAGCACAGCACCUAGUAAUAUGCCCCCAGUUGGACCCCCUACAUCAACAGUGGUUCACUCACCAGGUUAUCCACCAUACAGACCUUCAGAACACUUCCCAGCUCAUCCAGCCUUCUCUGGAUAUCCUCCACCUGGCAGACAUUCUCCUAGUCCACAUGGGGUACCUUCAAGACACCCAGCACAUUUACCACCUGGACAUUCUCUUCCUCGCAUGUCUGCUGGUGCAUACGCCCCGCCACCACACCCUAGUGGUCCGGGUCCAUAUCCCCCAAGAGGUGUUCCACCUCACCCAGGCGUAUUGCGAGGACCACCACAUGACUUAUACAGACCACCACCAUCUGGUCACCCUGGCCAUGGAUCACCAAGUCAUCCUGGCCAUCCCCAUCUUGUGAUGAAAUCUAGCUAUCCUGGUUUAGAACCAUUACCCUAUGCUGGAUCCCCUGGCCCGAGUCCAGGUCCCAUUGGGCUUCACCAGGGAGCCCAGGGUUCACCAGCUCGGCAGUCGCCCAGUGAUGACAGCAAGGACGAAAGCCUGUCUUCUAAAGGGCCUGGGGAAUUCAGUAGUGGCUUAAUGUCCUACUUUUCUAGCCAGCGUGAUGAUGAUGUUGAGUAAUGUGGAUCAUUUCAGCUUAGAAUGGCAACUCUUCUCGGCAGUUUCAUGGAGGACAUGUAUUUACUCCCUAAUAUUUUUGUAUUCUCAUUUUUGUAAGGUCUCGAGCAAUGGCGCAUAUUUCAUGUUUCAUGUUGACUUAUUCUCAUUCAUAAUGGGUACUGACAGCAGUAACAAAAUUUAUUCUGUGCAUCUUACUUUCCUGAUCAGAUUUAUGAAUUUUGUUGUUUUUGGGUUGAAGCACAAAUUGGGUUCGUGCUGUUGUGGUUUUGAGACCAGACAUUUUACCUGAAGUAAAUUAUUAGUAAAGUGCAGAGAUAUUUUAGAUAUGAUUUUUUUGUGUCUUGUAUGUGUUGUAGUGCUGUACAUAGGAAGCUUUUUGUAUUUCCUUCAAAGGAUUCUGUAAAAUAAUGUGCAAAGUUACAAAGCUAUAAUAAAACUAGGAGAUAA